UAGGGCGCAUUCCAGGGCGUGAGCUUUUGUAGCACCUUGAAUGUGCUUCCUGAAUCCCCAGGGACUUCUCUUUCUCCCCAGCGCCUCACCAAACACCUGCAGAACAUGUGUCUGGGUGGCUGCGUACGCACCACCCUCAUCUCCUCUACCCGGCAGCUCCGCAGGCACCAGCCUGUUUGUUUGGGUUGGUUUCUUUUGGAAAAGCAUCCCAGUGGCCUUGCAAAUGAGGCUUUCUGAGUGCGUUCAGCGUUGCGGCGGCCACGGUGAGAUCUCCGGAUGAAGCGAUCGGAUGCAGGAGUCAGCACUCCUGUCACUCGCAUUUCUUCUCUUCACUGACUCCGCGGAUCGUGGUAUUUUUAAGGAACAUCCAUUGGAAAGCUGCAGAUACAGAGGGAUGUGGAUCAGAGCUGUCUGGUUCCAGCUGCUCCUGGGGCACCUGAGCUGCUCUCACCUACCGCAUUGGACGUACAAAGAGGGAGAGCUGGAUGAAGAGCACUGGGGAAAGCACUUUGCAGACUGUGCUGGCAAGCACCAAUCUCCUAUUGACAUCCAGAGGAAAAAAGUGACGUAUAACCCCCAGUUACUGCAGCUGGAGCUGAGUGGUUACGAUGGGCCUUUGCAAGGGGAUUUCACAAUGACCAACAAUGGUCAUUCUGUUCAGAUUGAUUUGCCACCCACCAUGUACAUCUCCAGAGGGCUCCCGGGCCUCUACACAGCUGUACAGAUGCACCUGCACUGGGGUGGCCUGGACCUGGAGACCAGCGGCUCCGAGCACACCAUAGACGGGAUGAGAUACUUUGCCGAGCUGCACAUUGUCCAUUACAACUCAGCUGCCUACUCAAGCUUUGAAGAAGCCAAAGACAAACCAAAUGGAUUGGCUGUGCUUGCCUUCCUGUACGCGGAUGGACACUUUGAGAAUACUUACUACAGUGAAUUCAUUUCCAAACUGGCAAAAAUCAGGUUUGCAGGUCAAUCCACAAAGCUCAUUUCUCUGGAUGUCCAAGCCAUGCUGCCAGAAAACCUCUCACACUUCUACAGGUACCAGGGCUCACUAACAACCCCACCUUGCUCCGAGAGUGUCAUCUGGACCAUCUUUCAUUCUCCGAUUGUCCUGUCCCACACACAGAUCAGCCUCCUGGAGAACACCUUGCUGGACUGGCAGAACAGGACGCUGCGCAACGACUACCGGCACGCUCAGCCCCUCAACGGGCGGGCGGUGGAGUCCUCCUUCCCAGCCAAACCCAGCCCAGAACAAUGCCAUCCAGAAGAAUUCGGCCUCAGACUGGAACAAAUCCAGAUGCAGCUCCAAGACGUGAAGAGCGAGCUGCUGAAAGGAAUGAGCCACAUCGGUAUCAAAUCCAGCACUUUUCCAGCUUUCUACUUCCCUGCGGAAAACAUUGAGAGUUUUGUGGACAUUCAUCCCCUCCACGACAUGUCUCUCCAGGCCUUCACCUUGUGUUUCUGGAGCAAAGCGCAGCCCACCGGCAGCCAGACUGUGCUGUCCUACUCCACACAGGAGAGGGACAACGAGCUGGUGGUGACCGUGGGCGCCGAGGUGGGGCUGUGGAUAGGAGGACAUUUCAUCAGCUUCCCUCUGUACCACAGGGCACAAGUUUGGCUGCAUUACUGCAUGGCGUGGGCCUCCCAGUCUGGAAUGGCAAAUUUGUGGCUCAAUGGAGCAGCUGGUGAAGCAAAGAGCAUCCAGAAGGGGUAUGUGAGCCAGGCUGGAGGGACGCUUGUCCUCGGGAAAGACAGGGACACUCUUCUUGGGACUUUCUCCAAUGGUUUUGCAGGGUGGAUGACGCAUGUGAACCUGUGGAGCCAAGUUCUCAGUCCUGCAGAUGUUCGGACACUUGCGCUGUGCAAACCAGGGCAACUGAAGGGCGAUAUCAUCGCAUGGGGAGAAGCCCCCAUGACCCUCUUUGGGGGGGUGGUUCUGGAGUCUGACACCAGCUGCCAGUAACCCCAACUUUUUGGCUUUUUAAAGCAGUAGAAGAAUCAAAACCGCUUGGCUGGGGAAACUGAGGAAAACUUAGAUUAUUUGCUUGUUUCUCCUUAUGCUUUGUAUAGGCACGCUGUGCACCUGCUGGUGAUCCAGGUCAUUUUUCCAAGUAGGUACAUAGGAGCAAAGGCUCCAUCAGUGGGACAGAGGCAAAGAGCAGAGCAGAACUUGGCCCAGGCCAACACCUUGUAUGUCACAUCCCUCCCAGGAGUGUGACUUGACUUCCUAUACAUAGAUCUCUCUACAUGCCAAAGAGCUACUCUCUUUGGUCAAAGGAGCCACUUCUCAAGUCAAAUCUCUCACAUCCUUCACCCAGUCUCAGUUUCUCACCAUCAUGUGUCCUCCCUUCCCAUUUCUCACCAUCAAACCACCACUCCUUGCCCCGCAGAUGUUUGGCAUAGGAAAAGGGACAUAAAGCCCUCGCAGAACAGAGCAUGGUCCUGUGCUUUGAUCAGUGGCAUACCUUCUUUUCUGUAAAUGGAUGUAGAGACCAAGCAUGGAAACAGCUUCUUUUUCAACAUGUAUACAUCACAAGUUUGAGGGCAGGUAUAAAACUCAUUUUCUAAGGUUAACUUAAAUCACGUGAAGGGCUAUAAUCUCCAAAACCAACAAAAUCCAUUCCGGGCUUUUCAACAAUUCUGCGCUUCUCAAAACAGAGGGCAGCAGCCCUGCAUAACAGUUAACUAAAUUGAAUUUCCCCAUGUUAAAUUAUGCUGUAAUUAACCCCCAAGCCCCUUCAACUAAUAAAUACUUCCAAAAAUCCUCCA